UUUAUGAGCAAUAAUUUAUUCAACGUACUCAACUUCUCUGACACCGAAGAAGCCCCAGAAUAAUAAUAGAAAAAGUCUAAGAAAAAUAAUAACAACAAGGAAUAGGUUAUUCCAGUUGAGUAAGUACAAAAAGAAAAUACUAAACAUGAUAAUCCCGCUCCUAAAAACAAAGGCGUGCCUGCUGAGCCACACCCAAAGGAUAGAUAGUCUGGCACUGGAAGAGGCAAAGAACAACGAAAAGAGGGCGGAGGCAGAAACAAUUGGGGAAAUUACAAAGAUGACCUUAAAGAAGAAAAAUAUAUUGCAAAAGAGAAAAAGCCUUAGGAUGCACCAACAGAGGAAUAAAACGAAUAAACAACACAACCAGUUUAACCUCCUGCCCCUGAAAAGACACUUGCUGAUUAUUACUAAUAAAGAGGAGCUGUAAUGAUAUUUACUAUUAAUUUAGAAUGUUGAAGAUGUUCUCAAGAAGACUGAGACCAAACCACAAGUGACCAAGCAAAUAGACGAAGAGGCAUUGAAAAAGGAUAAGCUUUUUGUUAUGAAAACAAGAGAAGACGAAAAAAAACAAUAAGAACAAAAGUAGAAAAAAACAAGACAAUAAUAACCAUAUAGAAGUGAAUUAAACACUUAAGCAGCUGAGUACUUGGGAUUCACAAAUCAAACAUAAGAGCCUGAAAGAAAGAAUGAAAGAAGAGGAGAAAGAAGAUAAUAAGAUAAAUAAGAACCAGUUUAAGAAUAAUAAUAAUAAUAAUAAAGUGAAACUUAAGUUUAAGAAGAAAAAGGAGAAAGAAAGGAAAGAGGUGACAGAUAAGACAGACAAGACAGAUAAGAUAGAGGACCCAGAUAAAACAAAGGAUAUAAGGGAGAUAGAUAAGAUAGACCAUAACAUGACAGAUAACACAGAGAUAACAACACAAGAGAUCAAUAAAGAGGAGAUAAACACAGAAAGGGAGAUGAUAAUAGAUAAGAAAAGAGACCUCAAUAAAGAUAAUAAGUAUUAUCAUUAAUUAAUUGUUUUAGGAAUAAGGAAUUCAAUUGGAUGACAAGGAUUUCCCAUCUUUAUGAGUGUGAUGAGUAUUAUAUAUUGGUCAUUAUUUAAAAUAUUUAUAAAUUAAAU